AAAAUGUAAUCUUGAAAUGUAAGAUUAAAUGAUGUGUUUUAUGGUAACAAAUGGUCAUUUUGAAAAGUACGUAAGGCACAGUUGUUUGGUCCAAGUAUUAGGGAUGUCCCGAUCACAUAUUUUUUUUUGCAUCCGAUCCGAUACUGAGUCCGAUACCGAGUCCGAUCCGAUACUUUGCAAAGCAUUAAAAAAGAAAAAUUUUUUUUAUAAAUAUAAUAAUAAUAAAUUUAUUUGGUAUUAAUCAAAGGUAAUUUUGGAGAACAUGCAAACACGUGAACUUUGUCUAAAGGGGAGCAUAAAAUAGUUUUAAACACUAAUAAAUAAAUAUUUACUUUUCAUGCCUACGCACCGGCGACAGCUAUAGCUGAAGGCGCUAUGUUUUUGGGUUGUCCGUCCAUUCGACCCAUUCUCAUGACUGUGAUACCUCAUGAAUACCUUGAGGGAAUUUCCUUUUAAAUUUGGCACAAACAUCCACUUGGACUCGAGGAUGAACUGGAAGGUCAAGGUCACUGUGACCUCACUAAACACCUUUUUGACCAUAACCUAAGAAUUCAUAUGCUAAUCAUGACAAAAUUUCACACAAAUAUCUGAUAGGGUAAAAUGAUCAAGUGAAGAUACUUAUUUCCAAAAGGUCACCUUCACAGUGGCAUCAUAAUAUUCUUCAAAAACACUUUGCAGUCCAUUAUUGAAUGUCAUAUCUCAGGAACAGAAGGGAAGACAUUCGGUCAGAUGCUGAAUUGGUGACACUAAUUCUGUUUUUCUGGGAUUAAUAUGUGUGUGAAGCAGCCGUGUUUUAGAAUUUGUAGCGUUUCUGCAGCAACAUCCAUAUUUGGAGUAUUUUCUACAGUCAUGGCUGCAUAUGAGUCUGAGACAUGGAUUUAAACUGUAACUUGACUGGUUGGCGGAGUCAUACAACGGUGAGGUGGUAAUUCUCGUUUUUAAAUCGGCUUGGCGUUCAGGGAGUUCCUCUGGAAAUCAACCAACUAAACAUCUGCCUUUCCAUAUGGUGUGUCUUCACUAUAGUUGGUACCAAAUUGCAUAUUUCCUGCCAGGAAUCUUUCUAAAACAUUAUUAAGAUAACUAUGUAUGGACCUAUUUAAUAAAGUGUAACCCAAUUGUACAUUUAAGAACAUUACAGUCAGAAUAACCAUCGCCGGAAAAUACUAUGUAGCCUCAAUGUUUUCAGCCUGCGUUCCUUUAAUUAUUAUCUGAACAAUCAAAAUCAGAUAUAAAAAAUUAGCACGACAGGCCAAAUCAAAUCUCUGCUCACAUCCCUGCAGGCAUCAGACAGGUGGCAAAAUGGCGUUCUGGUACACAGAUCCACCUGUUAGGAGCGGCUGAUUGUCAUACAAAUGGAAGGAUGGGUGGAGUCUGUUACUGCAAGUGGUUCUACCUGUUCCACCUGCUCUCCACCCCCCCCAGCCUUCCCUCGGGUGUCAGCUAAUGAGGGAUCGGCAGGCCACAGGACUCUUUCCUGCCUGUCCUUCUGUCCUAUGCAGAGCUACCCCUAUCCUCAGAUCAAGAAGGACACGGGUGGGAGCAGCUGAACCUGUUCUCUUUUUUCACCUUCACUCUCUCUCUCUCUCCACACUGGAGAUGAAGAAAGAGGAGUGAGGCUGUGUUUUUUUUUCUUUGGCCUGUUUUUUCUAACUCUUCUCUACUUUGCUGGGGACAAAUAUUGAAAGUGGCUUCAGGAUAUUUACCAAGUGAAAGAGGGAAGCCUUCACCACUUAAUGCAGCAUGGGGUCUGAUGAGUCGUACAAUUUUGUCUUCAAAGUGGUGUUGAUAGGGGAGUCUGGCGUCGGAAAGAGCAACCUUCUGUCCCGCUUCACUAAGAAUGAGUUCAAUCAUGACACCCGCACCACCAUUGGCGUCGAGUUCAGCACGCGGACUGUUCAGCUGGACAACUACACCAUCAAAGCUCAAAUCUGGGACACGGCAGGGCUGGAGCGCUACAGGGCCAUCACCUCCGCGUAUUACAGGGGAGCAGUUGGAGCACUGCUGGUCUACGACAUCAGCAAGCACCUGACCUAUGAGAGCGCAGAUCGAUGGUUGAAAGAGCUGUUCGACCACGCGGACCCUCACAUCGUGGUGAUGCUGGUGGGAAACAAGAGGGACCUGGAGAACCUCAGGACCGUGCCCACAGAGGAGGCCAAGGACUUUGCAGAGAAGAGAGGUCUGAUGUUCAUGGAGACAUCAGCGUUGGACUCCACCAAUGUCGAACAUGCUUUCAACGAAGUCCUCACAGCGAUCCAUACAAAGGUGACCAGCAGACAGGUGACCCGUGGCUCCAUCAGUGCCGUGACCCUGUCCAGCCCCAUCGGACCCAACAGCGAGGCACAGGAGGGGCGCGGCAGCUGCUGCAAGAACUCCUAACAGACUGCUGCACUGUAACAAUCUGCGCUGCCUACGUUGAACCAGCAUCACGCUUGACUGUUGUUCAAGCUAAAGCACGCCAUCAUUCACACCCAAUUUGACGAGAGAGGUACCUGCUCGACCUGCAGUCAGUGUACAAACCUCUUUAAACACUAAAGCUGUGCAGUAUAUAACUCAAAGACAUACAAAUAUUAAGGAAAAUCUAUAUUUUAUACACUAUAUUUCUUGUUGUGGCUAUUGAUCAUGUUUUACUACUAACAGCUGUGCAAUUUAUCUUCUCAUGUUUUUAAAGAGGCACUGUAAAGUUGUAUUGCUUUUCUGAAGGAAUGCACUGGGAUUCACUUGGAAUAAAUUAUUUAUGUUAUUCUGUCUGCAUGUAAUUACCACACAAAGACAUGAAUUCAUUAUCUGCAUUAGACGCAUUAUCUAAACUAGAUGAGGGAAUAGGAGAGAGGGCUGAUGUGAGAUAAAGACAGCUGUGGAAGAAGAACUGUGAACCUUGACUUAAAAUAGAGCAGUGAUUUCCCACUCCCAACCGUCCUGUUACCUGUAAAGUCCACGCAAAAAAUGUACUUAAGGAAAAGAACAUGUGUUUUAUUGGCAAAAUAUAGUCAAAGCAUCAUCACUCAUUAUAAGAAUGUCUCUAUUACAUGAUUGUAUUUAUCACCAGAAGGUUAUUAUGGAUGCAUUAACAUGUAAGCAGUGUUAAAUGUUGCGGCUGGUCCAGACGAGGCAGAUAUCAACUAAUUGAUAUGCUGUUGUGUAGUUUAAUGUAAAAAAAGGUGCAUAAUAUUUUAUUUGUUUAUCAUAAGUUUUGUAUCUAAAAUCAGAACCAGUGACUAGAGUGAAUAAUAAUGCUAAAGAUAAUGAUAAUAACUGAUAUACAGUUCAGUCAGUUGUAACUAAAAGCUGUAGAUAAAUAACUUAAAGAGUUGAAUAAAGGU